AUGGAAAGAGAAAGAGAGGAAUGCCAAGUAAACUUGGUGCAACACCUUUUAAGAGGAUCAAAACAUCAAUAUUCAAUGAAAGAUGCCUAUUCUGUUGCAAAAGAUUGCAAAAUAUGCAAAACUCAUGAAACGACUGCUGAUUGUCGUUAUUACGAAGCCAGUGGAGAAGACAACAAUACUUUGGCAACGUUCAUGGAAACAAAUCCAUCCAUUCCGAAAAAAGACAGAUCUACAAAACAGUCACGACAGCUUCCUCAUUGGUUAUGGUUUGUUAUAGCUAAAUGCUUAGGGAUACCGUUACAUCCUAAUGAUAAACCUAUCAUCGGUUUGAUACUGCACAUGCUUACUUUUGCUUCGGCUCUCACUUUUGCUGUUUCUCACAUGUGGUUUGUAAUAUUUGAUAUACUCUCUCCCAAUACUCCCAUUGAUAUCGCCAAUGGCACAGUUAGUAUUUUCUUAAUUGUGUGCUGGGGGUCAUUCGGUUUCUAUGCAAAAAACUUGAGUGCACGACUAUUCCGUCACACGCAGUUUCUUAGAGACAUAAGAAUGCACUCUCGUACUAUAUUCAAGAUCAAUGCUGCCGUUUUGUUUUUUCUAUUAGGUGCUAUUUUCAUCAGUACUAAUGAUUAUGAUGGCUUUCACUCAUAUUUAAAUGAAACUUGUGAAAAGGUGGAGUUAUACGUCAUUGUUUGCAAGUUGCAGUUUCUGUCAAGGGUGAUAUUUUCAGUCUUUGCACUCAUAUGGCACUCUUUAGUGUCUUUUGUUUUGAUAUCUGUCUGCAGGACACAUACUAUAGGCAUUCGACGUUUUAUUCGUGAAUUAGAAUAUGAUGCAGCAAUGUAUGAACACUAUUUUGCACAGACAAACAUGGAUGUUCCAUUAAAAUAUGAAGAUAUUUGUCAAGAAACAUCAUGGUUGGAAGGUGAUAUGAAUACUGAUGAUGAGAUGUUGAGUACCGACGAACCAUUUUCCAUACUCAAUCAUCGCCGUUUCACAAAAUCCAAAAGAAGAUACACGUGUCCACCCACCUUUGAUUCUGCUUCAUUUUCAAAUAAUAACAGGCAGGAAGGUGAUACAAAUCGCAUAGAAACAGUCGAUGAAAUUGGUAUUUUAACUUCUCCCAUUCAGAAUCAUGAGGAUGAAUUUGCUCGUAAUAAUCAUGCGGAUCAUGAUCAACAGGAUAAAAGUAACACAAGAGCAGCACAUUCAGAAAGACAGUUUAUCCCCAUUAGCGAAAUGAAUAAGGGUACGAGCAUCAUAGAAAAUUCGGAUGAUUGCAUGCUGACUCCUCACACCAUGUCCGUGACGGAGAUAUUACAUAAUUACUGGAAGAUAUAUUGUCGUCUUCGGCUGUCUUCCGCUGCUCUCCAGCGUUGGUUCGUCAGCUUUAUCUCUCUGGUCAUUCUGUGGUGCGCCACUUAUUUGGUGUACUGGCUAAAGAAUCCCGCCUCUGCCUCUGACAUUGUCCAGUUCAUGGUACCUCUGAUAAUACUGAUAUUACUAUCGUCUGCGCUUGCCGAAGUUAACAUGGAAGGACAACGGAUGACGAGGUGUAUUUGUCCGACAGAAGAGAGGCUGAAAUUAUUGCAGUUUCUUUCUCAGAGCCCUCUGGUAAUGCCGAUGUAUGGUUUCCCGAUGACUCACGGAACGAUCAUUACUGUGAUAUUUGCCAUUUUGGUAGGAUUCACCUCGAGGAUAAUAAUCACCGAAAUGACCAAAUAAACUAUCGAUUGGCAUAUAAUACUUUCUCCAAUGUAAAAUUCUCAAUUUGUGAUAUUGAAAUUUAUGUUGAAAUGUUUUCCAAAUUAUUAUUAUUAGAUGAUUAUGUUUGAAGAGAGUAAUUAUAUAUAAGGAAGAAAGGCAAAUUUAAUUAUGUAUCAUAUUUAAUGAUAAAAAUCAACUGUGGCAAAAAAUAUAAACGGAAACAUGAACCAAAGCAAUUAAAUAUAGAUUUUUCUGUCGUGGUAACUAUGAAAUACAAAACCACUUGUAUAUAUAUGUGUGUGUGUAUAUUUUUUAUUACAUUCAGCAGCUAGUAAUAUGGUUCACGGCCACUCAAUUUAGCAAAAAAAAACACUUCCUGAAUGGAAUAAUGUAAGCCAAUCAAAAUAUUUUUAAGAAAAAAAAUUAUUUUACAAAAUGCACUUUAAAAAGUUUUUAAAUGUUAUAUUUAGGAAAUGAAAGCCAAUUUUUUGCUAUUUUAAUUGUGCAAUGUAAUCAAAUUAGAAAUUAAAAAAGUCAUUGAAAAGAGGAAAAUGUAUAUUGAAAAGAACAAGAUCAAAACACUCUGCCAAGGAUAAAUACUACAUAACAACAUCUCAAAACAUUUACAUUACAGUCUGUUAUGAUUUGGACUACUGAGUGUACCAUAAACAUUAUAAGCAAUAUAAAUUUUCCAGGUGGAAGUAUAAAUUGAUGAAUGAACGAGAAAUAUAUUUGUAAAUAUUUAAACUUAUUUGUGCCGCUAGAUCUGUUUAUCAAAUUUACUAAAGAAAUUUAUUGUUGCGUCACCAUUGUGGGAUUCGUUGCAAUGUCAAAAGUUAAGUUUGGUUAAUUGUAUCGAGAAAAA